GUUCCUCACUCUGAGGACAAGUUUCUUCACUCUGUAGACAAGGCUCUUCACUCUGAGGAGAAGGUUCCUCACACGGAGGACAAGGUUCUUCACUCUGACUACAAGUUACUUCACUCUGAGGACAAGGUUCUUCACUCUGAAGACAAGGUUCUUCACUCUGAAGACAAGGUUCCUCACACUGCGGACAAAGUUCGCCACUCUGAGGGCAAGGUUCCUCACACUGAGGACAAGGUUCCUCAACUUGACAACAAGGUCCUUCACUCGGAGGAAAACGUUCUUCACUCUGAUGAAAAAGGUUCCUCACACUGAGGACAAGGUUCCUAACUUUGAGGACAAGGUUCUUCAUUCUGAGGAUAAGGUUCUUCACCCUGAGACAAGGUUCUUCACACUGAGGACAAGGUUCCUCACUUUGAGGACAAGGUUCUUCAUUCUGAGGAUAACGUUGUUCUCUCUGAGGACAAGGUUCUUCACGCUGAGGACAAAGUUCUACACUCCGAGGACAAGGUUCUUCACUCUGAGGACAAAGUUCUUCACUCUGAGGAAAAGGUUCUUCACUCUGACUACAAGGUACUUCAUUCUGAGGACAAGGUUCUUCACUCUGGAGACAAGGUUCCUCACACUACGGACAAGGUUCUCCACUCUGAGGACAAGGUUCCUCACACUGAGGACAAGGUUCCUCAAUUUGAGGACAAGGUUCUUCACUCUGAUGGCAAGAUUCUUGACUCUGAGGACAAGUUUCUUCACUCUGAGGACAAGUUUCUUCACUCUGCGGACAAGGUUCCUCACACUGAGGACAAGGUUCUUCGCUCUGAGGACAAGGUUCCUCACUCUAAGGACAAGGCUCCUCACUCGGAGGAGAAGGUUCCUCAAUCUGAGGACAAGGCUCUUCACUCUGAGGAAAAGGUUCUUCACCCUAACUACAAGGUACUUCAUUCUAAGGACAAGGUUGUUCACUCUGAGGACAAGGUUCUUCACUCUGAGGACAAGGUUCCUCACACUGAGGACAAGGUUCCUCUCUUUGAGGGCAAGGUUCUUCAUUCUGAGGACAAAGUUCUACACUCCGAGGACAAGGUUCUUCACUCUGAGGACAAAGUUCUUCACUCUGAGGAAAAGGUUCUUCACUCUGACUACAAGGUACUUCAUUCUGAGGACAAGGUUCUUCACUCUGAAGACAAGGUUCCUUACACUACGGACAAGGUUCUCCACUCUGAGGACAAGGUUCCUCACACUGAGGACAAGGUUCCUCAAUUUGAGGACAAGUUUCUUCACUCUGAUGGCAAGAUUCUUGACUCUGAGGACAAGUUUCUUCACUCUGAGGACAAGUUUCUUCACUCUGCGGACAAGGUUCCUCACACUGAGGACAAGGUUCUUCGCUCUGAGGACAAG